GAUUGGCAAAUUCCACUCUACAACUAGUGUCAACAUUUCACAACUCAUUUAAAUGGAUUUUAUUUCAUUCAUACUUCUAAAAGAACAACAUGUUUCCAUGAUAGUAAAACAUACCGAUGAUCCUACUUGUUCGAAUGGAACUUACAAAUUUUACAUAUUAAAAUAAACAUAUCUAUAUAUAAACUGUUGAUAAUGUACACAAUCGUUUAUCUACAUAGAAUGUAAUAAGAGUUAGAAUUAAUAGCCCAAGUAUUAAACUGUAAAUAUUUAUUAACAGAUAACCAUACAAAACCAUGGGAAAUAUACUACUAUUAUAAUGAUUAUUGGAUAUGUAUUGUCUAAUCUAUCCCUCUUCAACCUAUUUCUUUAGAAUACAAGAAAUCUAAUGAUAUAUAAAUUGAAUAUAUGCACUAUUAUAUGUAUAUAUCGACUAUAAAGUAGAAUAUUCACUUCACUUACAAAGUAUUCUCAUUACUUAUGGUCCUGUUACUUGGGCUACUUUAAUAUUUUAACAUAAUUUACUCAAUAUCAAAGUUUAUAUUAUGAUGAUCAUGGUGAUUAAUCCAAUGAAAGUUAAUUCAUCUUUUUUUUAUAUGAUUAUAUUCUAUUAUUGUAUUAUUUCAAAUUGUAAUACAUCAUUACAUCAUCAUCAACAACAACAACAACCAAUUAUGAACACCACCACCACCAUAUCAUCAGAUCUAUUUAGACCACUUAAUUGUACAGUGGAUUAUCAUAUUGAAUUAGGUUUGAAACCAGAUAUUCAACAUAAAGAAGAUACUAUAUUUAAACAUUCUUCUCAAUCACCGAUAUUAAGUGUAGGUGCAUAUCAAUGGAUUGAAUUAACAUGUACAUGUUGUUGUAAAUAUAAUGAACAAUGGAAACAGAUUAUUAAAACACAAUUAGCUCAAUCUAUUAGUCAAACAGUAGUGAUUAAUCAAUCGUCAAUAGAUGAUGAUAAUAAUAAUAAUAAGACGGCAACAACUUUAAUGUAUAAAAUUACAUCCUCCAAUGGUUAUGUGAUUGCUUUAUCACUAUCUAAGAGAAUACAUUCUAAUAUUCAUUUAUAUCAUUGUGAAAAUACUACUGAUAGUACUACUUAUAAUAAUCAUAAUAAUUCUCUAUGUAUUACUUUAUAUUUAGAGAUAAAAUGUAAUACAACUAAUGGAUUUUAUAUACAUGCAGAGAAUUUAGGUCAUAGUCAAAUUACUACUUCAUUAAUUUGGUUGAAUAGUACAUCAAGAAAACAUAUUGAAUCAUUGACAAAAUUAACUGAUUCAUUAAAUAUCAUUGAUGAACAUUAUCAUCAACAGAAUCAUUCAACAGAGACGACAACAACAACAACAACAGUGACAACAACAAUCACUAGUCCAAAAAGUAUGAAACAACAUCAAAUACAAUUACAAGAAGAAGCAUUAUAUCAAUUAAAUAAUAAUAAAGGAUAUACUGUUACAAUACAAGAUCAAACACAAAUUAAAAUUACUGAAGCCAAAAUUUAUGUACCAAAACAACAAGUGAAUUAUUAUAACAAAUUAAUAGAAGAAUUGAAUAGUAACAAUAAUAGUUUAAUACAGGAUAACAAAAGUCAUGGUGUAUGGAAAAAUUAUUUAUGGUUAACAGUAUUAUUAAGACCACAGAAAUUUUAUAUUGUAUCUGAUUGGAGUUCAGCAAUAAUUGCUUUUAUGCUUGCAUUAUCUGUCGGUUGUUGUAAUGAUCCAAUUAUGAUUAGAGAACAAUUAAAUGAACCAAAAGCUAUAUUGACCGGUUUAUUUUGUCAACUGAUUAUAAUACCAAUGAUGGCUUUAGGUCUUGGAUUGCUUUUCGUUCUAGACAUCGAUCAAGCAUUUGGUUUAUUUAUUUGUUCAACUGUACCUGCUGGUGGAUUGGCUUAUUUGAUGACUUAUUUAAGUCAUGGGGACAGACAAUUGUCAGCGGCAUUAUCUCUAAUUGCAAGUAUCACUGAUUUAGUGGUUAUGCCACUUUGGGCUAUAACAGUUGGCUGGUAUUGGUUUAAUCGUCCAAUUAAUAUUGGGAAAACAUUUGGCUGGCUAAUGCUUAUAGCUUCAGCACAAAUUCUAGGAACUUUAAUGAGAGGAUGUCAACCAAGUUUAGCACGUGCAAUUCUAACAUGGAUAACCAGACCACUACUUUUAUUAUCUGGAAUACUGCUUGUGACUUUAGGUGUAUAUAUUAAUCAUUAUGCUUUUAAUGAAGUUACUCAAAAUUUAAUUUUUGCCUUACUAUCGCUUAAUAUAUGCGGAUUUGCAAUUGGUUGGCUCGUAGGAUUAAUAACUAAUCAAGGUUGUGCAAGAUCUCGAACAUUAUCUACGGCAGCUUCGGUGUUUAAUGGUCUUUUGUGUAUACCUUUGCUAAGAACAUGUGUACAUGCACCAGAAGGUGAUUUAGCGGCUGUAGCAGCAUUGUGGACAGUUUUAUUUACACCUAUCCCAUUAGCUUAUCAUGCAGUACUUACAAUAGUAGAAAAAUGGUUAAAAAGUUACGUACAAAAUCGAAGAAAGCAACGUGAAGAAGAGAGAAACUGUAUGGCUACUCUGAUAGGCGGAAAACAACAUGAAUUCGGUGCUGCAUCUGUUGCUGCCGUAGCUGCAGCAGCGAUUGCAGUGACACCAGCUAUUGCGACUAGAAAUCUAUCUAUAAACGACAAAAAUUCAAUUAUACAAUCAGAAAAGACAAUUAGUAAUGAUAGUUAUUGUGUGGAACAGUCACCAGUACCAAAAGCAAUGGUAACCGACGAAACUAUGGUGAAAAUGCACCCAAGUACUGUUACAACACUAGCUAAUUCAAAGAAUCAUCAUUUCAACAUCCUUACAUUAAAUACAAUUGAAUUAGAUUGUGAAAAUGAUGAGAAUGCAAGACAGCACAAAAUUAAGCAUCUGUACAGUGGACAACUUAAAUCAGAAGACGGUGAAUUAAAUUUAGAUUCAUUUGCUAACAACAACAGCAACUCACUGCUGGAUGAUAACAAAAAGAGAUCAUCGGAAUUCAUAGCACAACAGCUACGUGAUAAAAGAAUCAAUCGGCUUACAGAUUCUACAGGUCUCAGAAAACAACAACAGGAGGAAAGGAGUCAUUCUACAGAACACUAACAGACUCUAAUAUAAAUAACCAAAAAGGGUACUAAUAAUUCUCGAAUGCUCGUCCAUCAUAGUAGUAAUAUACUUUCAACAAAAAGCCAUCAUCUAGUGACAAGUAUCUACCAUCAAUUGGCAUUGAAAAGGAAUCAAAACAUGUUAGUAUACAGUCAACUAAAAAUCCUCCAAGACAUUAUCAUCAUCCUGCUGAUACCAGUGUAUCAUCACUGGAUACAAACCUGCAGCGCAUAUCAUAAAUUACAAUUAGUUGAAGCAAACAGAAAGACAACAAUGGGAACAACAACAAUGAAUAUAGCACUAUUAGUUAGUUAAUGAAACAAAAAAGUAGAAUGAUUAUGAUGUAGUUUCUCAUGUAUUUUCUUUUUCGUGAAACAUUUUUUAGUCAAAAAAGAGAUAUAUAAACACUUAUUCUGUUUUACGUUUAUCUGACUAUUACAUAUUACAAGAUAUUUUUGCUG